AUGACGCUUGGUGAGCGAUCGAUUACGAAACUUCAGGCUAGCAUGGGGGUAUAUCUAAGCACUCCCAAUACUGAAAAGGUCUCCGAGGAUGGUGAGAAUGACAGGCUUAGAUAUGGCUUGUCAUCCAUGCAGGGAUGGCGCUCAGCCAUGGAAGAUGCUCAUGCAGCGUACACUGAUUUGGACAAUUCAACCUCUUAUUUUGGUGUUUAUGAUGGACAUGGAGGCAAAGAAGUUGCCAAAUUUUGUGCCAAUUAUCUUCAUCAACAGGUACUCAGACAUGAAGCUUACUUAGCUGGAGAUUUGGCCACUUCUGUUCAGAAAGCUUUUCUCAGAAUGGAUGAAAUGAUGACCGGACCAAGAGGGCAGAGAGAGUUGGCUUUAUUUGGUGGCAAAAUGGACCAACUUGGGGGUGUUUUAGAAGGCUUAAUACAGUCACCAAAGAGUGGUGAAUUUAACAGCCAAAUAGAUGACUGGUCUUCUAAGGAGGAAGCUCUCUCUGAUUACAAUGGACCAUCUGCUGGAUGCACAGCUUGCGUUGCUAUUGUUCGAAAUAAUCAACUUCUUGUUGCAAAUGCUGGAGACUCACGCUGUGUUCUCUCUCGGAGGGGUCAGGCACACGAUCUGUCCAAGGAUCACAAACCUGACCUUAAUGCCGAGAAAGAAAGGAUACUGAACGCUGGUGGAUUUGUCCAAUAUGGACGAGUCAAUGGGAGCCUCAACCUGUCUAGAGCAAUUGGAGACAUGGAACUGAAGCAAAACAAAUCGUUACCCGCAGAAAAACAAAUCGUGACAGCAAACCCUGAUAUAACCACUGUCGAGCUUUCCGAUGAUGAUGAUUUUCUUAUUAUCGCUUGUGAUGGAAUAUGGGAUUGCAUGUCAAGUCAGGAAGCAGUUGACUUUGUACAAGAACACUUGACUUCAGAAAGGAAACUAUCUACAGUGUGCGAAAAAAUGCUUGAUCAUUGUUUGGCACCAUCAUCAGGUGGGGAAGGUUGCGAUAACAUGACCAUGAUCCUCAUACAGUUCAAUAAAUGUGGUGACAGAAAAGCAUCAACGUCAUCUGAUCAGCAAACCAUAGCAGAUCAUAAUGCACCUGGUCCUUAA